GACGCGGGUUGACGCGAGUUGACUGUUGGAAGCAACGUGUUUUCUUUAAAAAAUGGCGGCUGUCGGAUCAUUGGAAGAAGAAGCUCGAAAAAGGAAGGAAAGGUUAAAGGCGUUAAAAAAGAGACAGCAAGGAAAUAAUGAAGGUGACAUUGCUGAGCCAAAAGCUAAGCACUUUGCUGAAGAAGAUGCAGAUUCUGAAAUUAUAAAGCCUGUAUUCAAAAACUACCAACCUGCAGAUGAGGUACUAUUGGAGAACAAGUUAGCAGACCCAGCCUUACCCUCUGUUGAAGAACAUAUUGCAGAUCAAUUAUCAGCUGGAAAGCCUGUGCCAGUGGUGCAAGAAGUUGAUAUAAUGAACUUAGCUCCCAGAAAACCAGAUUGGGAUUUAAAACGUGAUGUUGCAAAGAAACUUCAGCGAUUAGAAAGAAGAACGCAAAGGGCCAUAGCAGAAUUGAUACGUGAAAGAAUUCAGUCUGGACAGGAAGAUUUAUCUACAGUUGCUAGCCUCAAUACAGCCACUAACCAACAGAAUGAUUCAGACUCUGAUUGAACAUCCUGUGAUGUAAAGAAAAAUUCAAAACAUAAUGCUGGGGCUACGUAGUCCAUCAUUUAUAUGAUGGUUGGUUAUGAAUAAUGAUACUAAUGCAAGCAUUUUUUAUGUGAACCAAGUGGAUAUCUCCUUUUCGAGAGCAAAACCAGCCCCGGUGUUACGAACUUCUAAACUGAAGACGAUAUCUAGACCAGCGUUCCGCAAACUUUUUACUUCACAGCCUAUUUACGAUUCCAGGCACCAAGCCGCGGCCCAGCAGCCCAGCUGCGCCUGGGACCGACAUACCAAAUCGUGGAAAGAACUUUUGAUCAUGAAGCCUCCAUGUAUAUACAAUAUUUUGACAUCAUUAUCUGUUCUCUCACUGAUAAAAUUUCAUUUUAUACAAAUUAAAUAUUAUUUUAUUAAAUAAAUAAUACCGUACA